UGGAGACACUUUUACUACCUUAUAAAAGGCCAGAGCUGGGACAGCUGUCACCCCUUACAAAUGGUCACGGAAAUUUCCUCUGAAUUUCUGCAGAAAAGUCCUCAUGGGAACUUUCCCUGGCACUCCUGCUGUUUCUGAAAGUAGGCUAUCUCUGUUGUUUCCAUCAAAGCCAUUGUCUUAAUGAAGACACAUGAUGUUCCUGGCACCGAGUAGUGUGUUACAGUUAAAUUGGGAGACCUUGCCUUUUUUUGGCCUGUUAAUUUGUGUCUGCAUUCCUUUUUGACAUCCCCCAGUAAAUAUCCAGCAGUGUCAGACAGAAGCGAGUUUGAUCAGAAUGAAAGUUAACAAGGCAAAGUGUAUUAAAAAUGGGAAGUAAUUAAGGCCUAUGAAUUGCACAGGAUUUGCCUAAUAAAACCCAGGUGGAUUGUUUUGCCAGCGGACAAAACUAGAUUUUGGAUUUGGUCUGGAAACUAGGAGGGGGCUGGAGGAAAAACGAGGCAGGAGGGUGAAGGGUGUCAGAGAUGCAGGGGCUGUACUGGAGUGGGUGGAGGGGAAAAAGUGGGCCGUCCUAAGCUUCUUUCAAUAGCAUUGCACCUUUCCUCACAUUCAUAAUACACAGCUGUCACGGCCCGGGUCCUGUCUGUGGUCAAAAACAUUCACUAAAUGCUGAGGGAGAGACUCCAUAGGCACAGAGAUAGAAGAACAACACGACUUCUGCCGGACAGAUCAAGUGAAGUCUCACCCCCACCUGUCUGUCUACCCCCAUCUUGUAUUCCCAGAGGAGACGACGGGAACUGAACAGACCUCCUUGCACAUCUGUUAUCUCUCUUAUUGGGUCUCUUUGGAGUGAGAGCGUGCCUUAACGACAUCUCUACAUUUGUUCAUCCAUCCAGCUGUGUGUGUGGCAGUGAGAGUGUCCUGUACCCUGUAACUAUGAAAACCACAUAUGUGCUACUUUGUGUGGGUCUGUUUGUUCUUCCUGCUACAAUCUGUCAGUCUCCUGCUGAACGUGACUCUUACACAGAGUGUACAGAUGGCUAUGAGUGGGACGUGCAGACUCAACUCUGUCGAGACAUAAACGAGUGUGAUACUAUUCAGGGGGCAUGUCAGGGAGAGAUGAAAUGCUUUAAUCACUAUGGUGGUUACCUGUGCCUUCCUCGCUCCGCCUAUGUGGUCACCGCACCUGAGCCCUCCAGCCAAUCAGAGCCCAGUGUGCCUGUGAGGACAAGCGAGGCCUUUAACCCCUGUCCCGUAGGCUACAGGGCCCAAGGAGAUACCUGUGCAGACAUUGAUGAGUGUGAAUUGGACAUGCAUGACUGUCAGCCCAGCCAGCAGUGCAUCAACACCGUGGGUACCUACACCUGUCAGUGCCCUGACGGCUACAGCAAGAUUGGUAUAGAGUGUGUUGAUAUUGACGAGUGCAGGUACAGGUACUGUCAGCAUCGCUGCGUGAACGUGCCGGGAUCUUUCUCUUGUGAAUGUGAGCCUGGAUUCCAGCUGGCAGGAAACAACCGAUCCUGUGUUGAUGUAAAUGAGUGUGAGAUGGGAGCACCUUGUCAGCAAAGGUGUUACAACAGUUAUGGCACAUUCCUGUGUCGCUGUGAUCAGGGCUAUGACCUGGGACCUGAUGGAUACUCAUGCAAUGAUAUUGAUGAGUGCAGCUAUUCCAGUUUCCUUUGCCAGUUUCAGUGUGUGAAUGAGCCUGGAGCUUUUUCCUGUGUUUGUCCGGAUGGUUACGAGCUACUUGGAUCACGACUCUGUCAGGAUGUGAAUGAGUGUGAGACAGGCACUCAUCUGUGUGGGGAGAGACAGGUCUGUGUGAACAUCCAUGGUGGGCAUCAGUGCGUGGACUACAACCGCUGCCAGGACCCCUACACCCAGGUCUCAGAGAAUCGUUGUGUAUGUCCAGUGGUGAAGUCAGAGUGUCGUGACAUGCCUUUCUCCAUUGUGCAUCGAUAUAUGAGCAUCACCUCUGAACGCUCAGUUCCCUCAGACAUCUUCCAGAUCCAGGCUACCAGCGUCUAUCCUGGAGCCAACAACUCCUUCCGCAUUCGUUCUGGAGACGAAAAUGGAGAAUUCUACAUACGGCAAAUCAACAACAUCAGUGCCAUGUUGGUUUUGGCCCGAGCAGUUACUGGACCGAAGGAGUACGUCCUCGAUUUGGAGAUGGUGUCUGUCAAUCCUCUCAUGAACUACCAGACCAGCUCUGUUCUUCGUCUCUCCGUUUAUGUUGGACCUCAUGCUUUCUGAGGAGAGAGAAAUGGAGGGAUAAACAUAGGAAAAACACUGAACGACAGAAGAAUUUUUAAUUCAGUUUAUUUCUACUUUCAUGUGUUAAAAAUUGGGAACACAAUUCCAGAACUCACCAGUCUUUUUUUGUGGCUGACUUUGGCCUGUGACUGCGGGCCUAUUCUGGGAAGUGCUAAAGUAUCUGAACAUUCAUUCCUCUCACUUUGUCACCGUGGACUCAUUCUCACACAUACAUGCAGCAUACAAGCACACACACAUAUCAGCUCCAGAUAUUUCAAAAAGAUACAUUGAGAUAUAAUUUCUUACUAGUACUAGUUUUGCUAACAAAGUCCCACAAUAGAUAUUUACAGUAUAAUUAUAUCUAUCCUACAUAUAACACACAUUACAAAGAACCUUUGUAAUUACACUGAUCGAGUGUAAUACUGUAUAAAAAACACAAACUAAAGGCAAUCAGGUCUCUCUGGGCCUUGAAUGAAACAUGAGGAGAACACAUUUCUAUGUAAAUAAUUUGUGAAACCUUUCUUAAGUAUAUUGUUGCAGUUUUUCUAAUGCUUAUUGAAUUCACUUCUCCUGCUUGUGUUUCCUCAAUUAGACUCCUUGAUACAAAAAUCAUUUUUCUUUGCAAUAUUACAUUGUUAAAGUAAAAAGUAAACACAUUAAAUAUC